GACCAGGUUUCUCUCCAAGGAGUGGCUCAGCCUUGACCACCCCCCCUUCUGCCUAUAAGUGCGCCCCCACCCAUCCCGACAGCCACUCGGUCCUGAGCAAGUCCCACUCACAACAUGUUGGGUGUCACGGUCCUCGCCGCGCUUCUGGCCUAUGCCUCCAGCUGUGGGGUCCCCAGCUUCCUGCCAAACCUCUCAGCCCGAGUGGUGGGAGGAGACGAUGCCAGGCCCCACAGCUGGCCCUGGCAGAUCUCCCUCCAGUACCUCAGAGAUGACACGUGGAGGCACACAUGCGGUGGCACCUUGAUCGCCAGCAACUACGUCCUCACGGCGGCCCAUUGCAUCAGCAACACCCUGACCUACCGUGUGGCCCUGGGGAAGAACAACCUGGCAGAGGACAACGAGGAGGGCUCCCGGAUCGUGGGCGUGGACACCAUCUUUGUCCACGAGAAGUGGAACUCUUUCCUGGUGCGCAAUGACAUUGCCCUCAUCAAGCUGGCGGAGCCCGUACUGCUGAGUGACACCAUCCAGACGGCAUGCCUGCCGGAGGAGGGCUCCUUGCUGCCCCAAGACUAUCCCUGCUACGUCACUGGCUGGGGCCGCCUCUGGACCAAUGGGCCCAUUGCGGAUGAGCUGCAGCAGGGCCUGCAGCCUGUGGUGGAUCAUGCCACGUGCACCCAGAGCGACUGGUGGGGCACCAUGGUGAAGGACACGAUGGUGUGCGCAGGGGGUGAUGGCGUCAUCUCAGCCUGCAACGGGGACUCGGGUGGCCCGCUGAACUGCCAGGCCGAGAACGGCUCCUGGGAGGUGCGGGGCAUAGUCAGCUUCGGCUCCGGGCUGGGCUGCAACACCAAAAAGAAGCCCACGGUCUUCACCCGCGUGUCCGCCUACAACAGCUGGAUCAAUGAGAAAAUGCAACUGUGAUUCACCCUUGGGAGCCAUGGCCUCAAAUCCCUGCAACCACAAUAAACCUCCUUCCCCCUC